AUGCAGCUCGCGGAGGAGCUUAAGCGGAAAGGAAACACGUCCUUUGCCGAUGGGGACGUGGAGGGGGCGGUGACGGCGUACCUCCAAGCCAUCGAGGUCAUUACACGCGAAGAAAAAGACGACAGUGGCGCUUUCAUUGACGGUGCGCGGGAGUUGCUCGCCGUGCUACACUCAAACCUGAGUAACGUGUACCUCAUCCAGGGACGCUACGAUAACAGCUGGGAGGCCGCACAGGAAUCGACGCGUCAUGACCCGUCAUUUGCCAAGGCGUGGCUACGGUACGUGCAUGCGCGCCGACUGGCCGGAUACCCCUUCGAGGCCUUCGUGGCGCUGCUGCGGUACCUCCGCCCGCUGCUGCGGCGCCAGGCGAUGUCCUCGUCCUCGGUGGCGGAAAUUAGGGUCAGUGAGGUGGAGGCACCGCUCUGUAGGGAUCUUGGACUCUCAGAUGUCUCUUCCCACAUCGAGUUGCAAGACUACAAAGGUGGUGUCGGUAUUGUCGCACGCAAGAUGAUCAAGCCGAACGAUGUCAUUCUUGUGGAGAAGAGGUUUGAAACAUCCUUUGCGGAGAUGGACUUAGGGACGCAGGCCGACUUAACGACAGUUAAGAUUGUGACGUACUUUGCAAAAAAGAUUUUCCCAGAACAGCAGACACGCUCAGAGAAGUGGAUGCGCUACAACAAGGAAUUCAAAGGUUGCUGGCCGCGGUCUCUAGAGGAUAUAACCUCAGAGGCGCGAGGUGAAAUCGCCCACGCGCUGAGGGUGCAUUUCCCUGAGAUGAACGACAAGGACUUUGAGGAAUUACUUUCCUUUGCAGUCAUGUGCCGCUAUAAUUGCUUUCACUCCGGUUUCUUUCGUGCAUGCGCGUUGGCAAACCACAGCUGCCAUGCGAAUGCAGCCAUGAAAUUCUGUCCAGAAAGUGAGACGGUGACGCUCAUUGCUGUGCGCACAAUCGAGGCGGGGGAGUUUGUGAAUGUCAAGUACCUUAGCGACGCACACUUUCUCAUGGGUCUGGGAAGACGGCGUGAAUGCCUCCGUUCGUGGCUCUUCUGGUGCGAGUGCGACCGCUGCUGCUCAGACAGCAAAAGCACAGCUACACAGGAGCAGGUGCAAUGCCGCGAGUGUCAACAUUACACACACCUGCCGUUGCCAAGCAGCGACACAGACACAGGGGAGGAGGACCCACUCACACCACAGGAGAAGCCGUGCACUCAUUGCGGGGCCAUCGUCACGUGGUCGCCAGAGUCGCGGGCGGCAGUGACACGCUUGAUGCUGGCGUUUGGCCAAGUAAGCAUGUGUGCACCGUGUCAGCAGCUGACCUCGUGGCUUGUGGCGAAUCUGCGACAAAUCGCCGAGCUGCACGUGCACCCCGACCACUGGAUGUACCGCGUUUUGCUGUACUUUUUCUGUGUCCCGAUGACAUCUAUUGUAAAUAAAAAUUUCGAAUUAUUUAGCAAAGUGGGCUGGCAAGAGUCUCAGGUGGAGCUGCUGCUGCGCGAUUUCGGCGUGCGUCGCACUUACGCAGACGCCAUCACCAGUAGCCGCACUAUUGGGGGCCGCGAUGGUGAUGGCGAGGAUCGUGGUGCUGGUGGUGAAAGUGCAAUGGAGGAGAAUAUGGGCGGCGGUGAUGUGUUGUACGCACUGUCUGUGCUGUGGCGCCUUAUAUCUCCCUUUUACCCAGAGUACGAGGGUUGGGCUCUGCAUCGCGCCAUCUGUCAGCUUGUGCUGUUCUCACACAUUCAUCCGAGUGAGACGUUGGCAAUGUCUGCCUCUCAUGUGUUGCUGCUGCUGCGCCGACACGGCAAGUACAUUGGAGACGCUGAUGCAUCGCUGUGGCUUCAGGCGUAUAACCAGCACAAACCGACGGGUCACCGCAAAGGAUUGCUGAACGCUAAGCAGCUCAAGGGCGCAUUUCGACCAUGA